UAUAGUGCAUACUAUAUGCUGUAGACCUUAUGACUAUGGUCUCGGCAGCACCCUCGCUCCUUUUCAGGUUCAUUUUCAUGCUGGCCCAUAUCAACUCGAGGAUCAAGUGAUCGUAGAGCAAUGAGCUGACCUUUGCAUUCAAAACCUCGUGUUUUAAAAGGUAUGGUACGCUUAGGCCUCUACUGUGCUGCAGGUUCUUUUUCUUCGAUGUUAUAUAGUCGAAGCUGGUUGUAUCCAAGUACUUAUCCAAGGCAUGAUCAUUUGCUUGUUCUCAAGAGCAUCAAUUUCUACAGUGUCUGGGACGUCUCCACGAAUGUCUUCGAGGUCGUUGAAUAUUAUCUCUGGGGUUGUAGAAAUGAAUUGUGCGGUACUUUAUGUUCAAAGCUGCACCUCAAACACCCUUCUUCACAGUGGGUGUUAAUUAGUCAGAAGCAAGUUGGAUCUACCUCCAACAAAACACCUUGCUUCGUCAAGAACAUUCAAUCAAUAUUUAUGUGCCAAUCGACCACUCGGCUCGUCCCGCCAAGUCAAACACCUAUGCAUCACCAUUAGCCUCAUCGCGCGAUUUGCCCCAGGAUAAAAGUCUUGGGGAAACAGCCUUGGCAGUCUCGAAGAGAGGCUUGGAUGCUUCAAAAUAAUGUUUACCGAGCAAAUAAAGUUUCCAUUUUGACAUCUG